GGCUCUGGUGGUCCCGGAGCGCUUUAGCCCUUCGUCCUCGCCUCCUCCCCAUGUCCUCUGCCCUCCUCGCGGCGGGCGGUGACCCUCCGCAGCCGCGGUGCGACUCGUCGCCUCCGCCGGGGCGCUGCUGAGCGCGGAGACCGUGGGGCCUGCGAGUUUGGAAUAUUGGGAUCUCCUUGGUUGGUGACAGACGUGAUGCUUUACCGAUUGCUGUCAGUUGUUGGAAGACAAAGAACCAGCCCAGGAUGGCAGAACUGGUCCUCAGCAAGAAGCAGUACGUCAGCUGCCGAGGCACAUCCUAUUGCCCUGCCUGCCCAGGCCCAGGUGGUCAUCUGUGGGGGUGGAGUCAUGGGCACAUCUGUGGCCUAUCAUCUCUCCAAGAUGGGAUGGAAGGAUAUUGUCCUUUUGGAGCAGGGCAGGCUGGCUGCUGGCUCUACCAGGUUCUGUGCUGGCAUUCUCAGUACUGCCAGGCACUUGAGCAUCGAGCAGAAGAUGGCAGACUAUUCAAACAAACUCUACCAUCAGUUAGAGCAAGAAACAGGGAUCCAAACAGGUUAUAUAAGGACAGGUUCAAUAUCUCUGGCUCAAACGCAGGACCGGCUGAUUUCCCUGAAGCGCAUCCAUUCAAGACUGAAUGUUAUAGGCAUCCCUUCUGAGAUCAUCUCUCCCAAGAAAGUGGCUGAACUUCAACCACUCCUCAACGUACACGACCUGGUGGGGGCCAUGCAUGUUCCUGAGGAUGCAGUCGUGUCCUCUGCUGAUGUGGCUCUUGCCUUAGCAAGUGCUGCCUCUCAGAAUGGUGUUCAGAUUUAUGACCGGACAAGUGUUCUUCAUGUAUUGAUCAAAAAAGGUCAAGUUACUGGUGUCGAAACAGAUAAAGGACAGAUUGAAUGCCAAUAUUUUGUCAACUGUGCUGGUCAGUGGGCAUACGAGCUGGGUCUGUCUUCUGAGGAGCCGGUUAGUAUCCCGUUACAUGCCUGUGAACACUUCUACCUUCUGACUCGCCCCUGGGAGACCCCUCUGCAGAGCAACACACCAACUAUUGUGGAUGCUGAUGGAAGAAUUUAUAUUCGGAACUGGCAAGGUGGCAUCUUGUCUGGGGGCUUUGAGAAGAAUCCAAAGCCUAUUUUUACUGAGGGCAAGAACCAGCUGGAAAUUCAGAACCUGCGGGAAGACUGGGAUCACUUUGAGCCCCUGUUGAGUUCCCUCCUGCGUAGGAUGCCAAAAUUGGAGACUCUGGAGAUUAUGAAGUUGGUGAAUUGCCCCGAGACCUUCACACCAGACAUGAGGUGCAUCAUGGGCGAGUCUCCUGUAGUACAGGGCUACUUUGUCCUGGCAGGGAUGAACUCUGCUGGCCUGUCGUUUGGUGGAGGAGCUGGAAAGUACCUUGCUGAAUGGAUGGUAUAUGGUUAUCCCUCAGAAAACGUCUGGGAACUAGACUUAAAACGCUUUGGGGCCCUCCAGAGCAGCCGUACCUUUCUGCGCCACCGAGUCAUGGAAGUCAUGCCUCUGAUGUAUGAUUUAAAGGUUCCUCGGUGGGACUUCCAGACUGGUAGGCAGUUACGGACAUCUCCUCUUUAUGAUCGGCUGGAUGCACAAGGGGCCAGAUGGAUGGAGAAGCAUGGAUUUGAGAGGCCAAAGUACUUUGUUCCACCUAACAAGGACCUGCUUGCAUUGGAGCAGAGCAAGACUUUCUACAAGCCAGAUUGGUUUGAUAUUGUGGAGUCCGAAGUCAAAUGUUGUAAGGAAGCUGUGUGUGUCAUUGACAUGUCCUCUUUCACAAAAUUUGAGAUAACAUCUACUGGGGAUCAGGCAUUAGAAUUUCUACAGUACCUCUUUUCUAAUGAUCUGGAUGUGCCUGUGGGCCAUAUUGUGCACACUGGCAUGCUCAACGAGGGUGGAGGAUAUGAAAAUGACUGCAGUAUUGCCCGCCUGAACAAGCGCAGUUUCUUCAUGAUCUCGCCAACUGACCAGCAGGUCCACUGUUGGGCCUGGCUUAAGAAAUACAUGCCAAAAGACAGCAACCUACUGCUGGAGGAUGUCACUUGGAAAUAUACAGCUCUCAAUCUGAUUGGCCCUCGAGCUGUGGAUGUGCUGUCUGAGUUGUCCUAUGCCCCUAUGACUCCAGAUCACUUCCCAACUCUCUUUUGCAAGGAGAUGAGUGUGGGCUAUGCAAAUGGUAUCCGGGUGAUGAGCAUGACUCACACAGGAGAGCCAGGAUUCAUGCUUUAUAUCCCCAUAGAGUAUGCCUUACAUGUGUACAAUGAAGUGAUGAGUGUCGGGCAGAAAUAUGGGAUCCGGAAUGCUGGGUAUUAUGCUCUCCGUAGUCUCCGCAUUGAGAAGUUUUUUGCCUUCUGGGGUCAGGAUUUAAACACUCUCACAACGCCUCUGGAAUGUGGAGGAGAGUCUCGGGUGAAGUUAGAUAAGGGCAUAGACUUCCUCGGUCGGGAUGCUCUGCUGGAGCAGAAGCAGAAUGGGGUGUAUAAACGCCUCGCUAUGUUCAUCCUGGAUGACCAUGACACAGACCUGGACCUCUGGCCUUGGUGGGGAGAGCCCAUCUACCGGAAUGGGCAGUAUGUUGGCAAGACCACCAGCAGUGCCUACAGCUACACCUUGGAGCGCCACGUGUGCCUGGGCUUUGUACACAAUUUUUCUGAGGACAGUGGAGAAGAGCAGGUGGUGACAGCUGAUUUCAUCAACCGGGGAGAGUAUGAAAUUGACAUUGCAGGACAGCGGUUCCAGGCCAAGGCCAAACUCUACCCUGUUCCCUCCCUUUUCUCUCAUAAGCGUCGAAAGGAUGAUGUGGAGCUGAGUGACUUUCAUGGGAAGUAGUAACAACAUGCUCCCCCUUCUCUCACCCUGAGGAGUAUGAUCUUGGGAGCUUCUUUCUUCCUUCUGUCCCUGUCUCUCUGUACUGAAGGAACCUUUGCUCCCCUCUUAUCUCUUUGAUAUUUUAUUUAGAACUUGACCUUUUAAACUUUUGCCUUGCAGCCUCUCUGGUUCUACCAUUUGUUGUUGCUCCUCCUAAUACUCCAGGCUCCUCCUCCUCCACCAAGCUGGGCAGGAAGUACAUCUGACAGGCAGGACAGAGGCAGGCUUCACUGUGAAAUUGUGUUAAGGUACAGAGUGAUUUUUAAGUUCAGCAUCUCAAAGCAAGACAAGCUGGUGUUAUAUAAGCCUUAGGACUAAAGUCCAUGUCCUUCCUUGGACUAAGAUUCCUGGCAGUAACCUGCCAAUUUUGGUAGGACUACUGUGUAUCUGAUGCAGCCCUUGGAAUAAAAAGCCUGAGUCUUUUUCUAGGCA